AUGACGUCAUCUCUCAGCGCGCAUGCCCACAGCUAAUAUUUCCCUCGCGCUUCCACCAUUUUGUGAAUGUUCUGAGGAAAAUGUCGCGAUACAGCCGACCUCCUAACACCUCACUCUACGUCCGGAAUGUCCCCGACGGGACCAGACCCGACGAAAUGCGGUCCUUAUUUGGAAAGUACGGACCCAUUGUAGACGUGUACAUUCCCUUGGAUCACUUUACUCGACUGCCCCGAGGCUUUGCAUAUGUCCAGUUUGAAGAUGUCAGGGACGCAGAGGAUGCCAUGUAUGGGCUGGACCGAUCUCGCUUCUACGGACGAGAGCUGGAAAUCCAGUUUGCCGAGGGGGACCGCAAGACACCGUCCCAGAUGAGAGCCAAAGAACGCCGAGAUUCUCCUCCAAGCCGUCGCCAUGGUCACGGCGGUCGCUAUGAUGACCGAGACCGGCGUGAUCGCCGCAGGAGCCGCAGCCCGUACGAGCGCGAGAGGCGCCGCAGCCGGAGCCGCAGCCCGUACUACAGCAGCAGCAGCCGACGCAGUCGCAGCAGGAGCAACGAGAGGCAUUACUACUCGCGCGGGGACAGUCCCUACCACGGCAGGCGCAGUCGAAGCAGGUCGUACGACGGGUACAGGCGACGCAGUGGGGGCGGCAGUGGUACCAGUCGGCGCAGAAAGUCGUACAGUCGCUCCAGGUCCCGGUCUCGCAGCCCCCGUGCACGUGGCAGGGAGCCUUCCCCGAGGUCUCGCUCCCCAUCUCCUCAGUACCGCAGCCGGAGCCACACGCCGCGGAGUCGCAGCAGAUCGCCCGAGGCGCACUAGACCACCCGCCUCUCUCACAACUUGUUAAGGCUACUAGCGAGGGAACCCGAGUAUCAAAACAUAGUGUAGGGGUAAAAGAUGCAGACGUGGUGUAUUAAUAUAUGCCUGUAGCUGUGUAGGUAGAGAAGCAAUGUCAUUCACUGCUUGUGGGAUGCAUAGUUCUAUGUCUACUACUAUUUUCUGGUUACUUGCAUUUUUUUACUAUGUCUUUUUAUAGAAGUUGCAAGGCUACCCUGAUUCUCCAGCGUUUUCUUUUGCAGCAAAGAUCAGACCAGUGUAUAUUUUUCAUGAAAGUUUAGAUUUUAGGGCAAAACAAAAACCAACUGUGCAAGCGCUCAAAAGAAAUCAUAUAAAGACCCCUGGAUCAAAACAAGAAUAGUGCUUCCAAGCUACUUUCAUGGACUGUUAAGUCACAACUGACAAAGGGUCCGUUUUCAGUGUUAUUUUCCUCAAUCACUUACUUUCAAUUUGUAGCUUAACAAUGGGAACAAAAUGUGUGUGUGUCCUUGCAUUUGAUGUACAUAGAAGAACCAACUAUCAUCUGUGCACUGUCCUCAGUAUGUGAGACGAAGAAGACUGAAAACAAUACACAUAAGAAGGGUGAAAACAUUGCACAUGUUGCUCUGCCUCAAGAAGAAUCACACAAGUACUAGUAGUCAGUCUUUGACACACAGUUGUUGUCCUGUUGAUUUUUAUAUAGAUGACAAAUACCGGGAGGGUAAACCAUUGUGAUGUUAAAAAACAACUACGGUCAAUUGGCCCAUAUUGGGUCAAAAUGUGGCCAUUUUCUGUUCCAAUACAGACUACUGUAGCACCCACAUGUAUAUAGAGGUGGUUUAGAUGUAAUGCAUUACCACAAUCCCCUAAGGCUUAGUAGGGUACAGUGCAUUCCAUUUAACUAGUGGAAGAGAAAAGGUGUCUGGUGAUGUUCCUGAUCAUUUUAAGACUCCUGUUAAGUGCUAACCAGCCGUCUUUGUAGUGAACCAUGUGUGUGAAACGUCACUGCAAUGUUCUGUAUUUCAAUAGCAGCAAUUUUCUUGCCUGUGAUAUACAACUUGCUCUCCAACUAUUUGCAUCACUGUACUAAGUUUGUGUUUCAUUUCAUGAAGGGGAAAACAGAAAUCAUUUUGCCCUCAACAGGAGACUGAAGGUAAAUUAUCUAAACCUAAACCCUAGAAUUUAGGUACAAUACACCAAACAAGUUUUGUAAUAAGUUUGCUACAUUAUCUAUGAUAAUGAUGCAGAUUGUCAGUGCUACAUUUGUUGUACCUUUACUGUUGGUUGGA